AGAAGACGGAGGCGGUGGAGGAGGGGCGGCCGCCACGACGGACUUCCUGUGGGACAAGCGCACCGGGCUGGCGGCCAAGAGGAUGCCUCACUCCAGAAGGUGCCGCUCUUCGGAACGCAGCAGCCGGGGCAGCUACCACGAACGCUACAGAAGUCGCAAGCACAAGAGGAGGCGGAGUCGCUCGCGGUCGAGCAGCAGUGACCGGCAACACCGAAGGGAAGACAGCUACCACGUCCGGUCCCGGAGCUACGAUGACCAUUCGUCCGACCGCCGCACCUACGACCGGCGGUACUGCGAUGGCUACCGGCGAGAUGGCUACAGCCGCGAGCGGGGCGAAGCCUACUACGAGGCCGAGUACCACCACUCCUACGAGUACCAGCGCUCCCGGGACAGGGACUGCAGCUACCGCAGCUGCAAGAGCAGCCGGCGAAAGCGCCGGCGGGGGCGCCACCGCAGCCGCUCCUUCAGCCGCUCUUCAUCGCGGAGUCAGCAGAGCAGCCGGAGGGCCAAGAGCGUGGAAGACGACGACGAAGGCCACCUCGUCUAUCGCAUCGGCGACUGGCUCCAAGAAAGAUAUGAGAUCAUCAGCACCCUUGGAGAGGGCACAUUUGGCAGAGUGGUACAGUGUAUUGAUCACCGCAGGGGUAACACCCGUGUGGCUUUAAAAAUAAUCAAAAAUGUGGAAAAGUACAAAGAGGCCGCUCGGUUGGAGAUCAACGUGCUGGAGAAAAUUAACGAGAAGGAUCCAGACAACACAAACCUGUGCGUGCAGAUGUACGACUGGUUCGACUACCACGGGCACAUGUGCCUAUCCUUCGAGCUCCUGGGUCUCAGCACCUUUGACUUCCUGAAAGAUAACAACUACCUGCCUUAUCCCCUACACCAAAUCCGGCACAUGGCCUACCAGGUGUGCCAGGCAGUGAAAUUUCUCCAUGAAAACAAACUCACGCAUACAGACCUCAAGCCCGAAAACAUCCUCUUUGUCAACUCGGAUUACGAGAUGACCUACAACCUGGAAAAGAAGCGAGACGAGCGAUGUGUCAAGAACACGUCCGUCCGGGUGGUCGAUUUUGGCAGCGCCACCUUUGACCAUGAGCACCACAGCACGAUCGUCUCCACGCGGCACUACCGGGCGCCUGAGGUUAUCCUAGAGCUCGGCUGGGCCCAGCCAUGUGACGUCUGGAGCAUCGGCUGUAUUAUUUUCGAGUAUUACAUGGGCUUCACGUUGUUUCAGACUCACGAUAACCGCGAGCACCUAGCCAUGAUGGAGCGAAUCCUGGGACCCAUCCCGUCCCGCAUGACCCGGAAGACCAGGCGACAGAAAUAUUUCUAUCAUGGUCGGCUGGACUGGGACGAAAACACCUCUGCUGGGCGCUACGUACGGGAAAACUGCAAGCCCCUUCGGGACCCUGCCAUCACCCAGCACAGGCCGACCUCAGAGUACGCCACCCUGGAUGUCUACAAUCCCUUUGAAAACCCGGGGCAGCGUCCUCCCCCUCCGUAUGAGCCCCGGCCCUCAGGUCUGCCCGCCCAGCCAGCUCCUGCCCCACAACCCCCCAGGAAGACCAGCCCCACAGAGCCCAAGAAUUAUGGCUCCUACGGAACUCAGGAGUCGGCCGCGGCAGCCACCGCCGAACUGCUGAAACGCCAGGAGGAACUGAACCGCAAAGCCGAGGAGCUGGACCGGCGGGAGCGCGAGCUGCAGAACGCCGCUGCUGGUGGUGCGGGUACGGCACCAAGACAGAACAACUGGCCCCCGUUGCCCUCCUUCUGCCCCGUGAAGCCCUGCUUCUACCAGGAUAUUUCGGUGGAGAUUCCCAUGGAGUCUCAGAAAACCGUCACCACCAUGUACUACCUCUGGAUGGCCAGCAUCGUGACCCUCUUCUUCAACUUCCUGGCUUCCUUGGCCUGGUUCUGCGUGAACAGUGGGGGCGGCUCGGGCUUCGGCCUCUCCAUCCUCUGGGCCUUGCUCUUCACGCCCUGCUCCUUUUUGUGCUGGUAUCGGCCCAUGUACAAGGCCUUCAGGAGCGACAGUUCUUUCAACUUCUUCGUCUUCUUCUUCAUCUUCUUCGCGCAGGACGUGGUGUAUGUCCUCCAGUGCAUCGGCAUCCCGGGCUGGGGGUUCAGUGGCUGGAUUGUGAGUCUCUCGGCACUGAAGGAGAAUACUGCCGUGGCCGUUCUCAUGAUGCUGGUUGCCACUCUCUUCACAGCCGUGGCGGUCCUAGGCGUCGUCAUGCUGAAGCGGAUCCACUCCCUCUACCGCCGCACCGGGGCCAGCUUCCAGAAGGCGCAAGAGGAGUUUGCAGCCGGCGUUUUCUCCAACCCGACAGUGCGCACGGCGGCCGCCAACGCGGCCACUGGGGCGGCCACCAGCGCCUUCCGAGCCCCGUAGAAGUCGGGGGCAGAAAUCAGCCUGCCGC